CGUAAAGAAUAUUAUAUGGAUCCAAAACCUACCAAUAACUUUUAUGUGGAAUAUGGCUUUGUUCCAUGUGUUCUUGUUCUGGUUUUCAGUUAGAUUAGGUUCUAUUAUUAUUGGCGUAUUAACAGCGAUUCAAGGGGCAGUUUGGUUAGUCCAUUUGAUAUAUUGUUUAAACAGCGGCUCUCAAUUUUCUAAUCAUUUGAAGACUAUCUUUGAUGACUUCGGCUUUCAUGGUAAUGUUUUCGAUGAAAUUAUAAAGGAUCCAAGUGAUUUAAUAACGAUUUUUAUAGUAUAUUUCGUUUCCUUGAUGAUGUCUUCAGUUUCUCUCAUAUGGGGAGCUCUUCAGAUUCAAGUGAAAAUGAUGUAUCCCUUCAUUGCUCUAUAUAUCUUUUACAUCGGAAUUUUGGGUAUUCAGCUAACAGUUUUCAUUAUGGGUCUGAAAUCGAAUGAAUCUGGUUUGGGAGACAUGAUUUUGUUUUCUAACUUGGGAUCGUUUAUUUUGUUAUUUUAUCUUUACAAAUGGGCUGUUGUCAUCAGUUUUAUCCAAAUCGUGAAAGAACUCAAGAGAAGAAUGGAAAAGAAACCUUUGUUAGUGAAAGAAGCUGAAAAAAAGAUCAUUAAUACGAUAUCGAACAACUUGAAUAUGAAGGAAGCAUAUAUACAAUAUAUAAAAUCUUUCUCAAAGUGAAAUGGAUUAUAUUCAACUAAAAAUUAUGUUUGAAGAGAAAU